AUGUCUCUCAAUUCGGUGCUCGAAAGACUUCCUGCGGAGCUUCACAAGGAGAUCGCAUCCUAUCUCGUCGCCUCAAACUCCACCAAGUCGAUCCGCUCACCCGCCUCCAUAUGCAAGCGCUGCUUCAACAUCCUCGCCCCAUUUGCAGUCCAAACAUACCGCAGCUCCGAAAUUCCCAAAGAAAGAUCUCAAUCGCACAACCGUAACUUACAAUUCCUCCACCAUAUCGCCAUCUCCCAUCCGGAGCUCGUCCGGCAUGUCCAAACGCUUAAUUUACAUGAUUGGGGGUUAAAGAGCGAUGGGACAGAGUCAGGUCUUGCGAUCCGGGAUGAUGAGUGGCCUGUAUACAAGAGGCUGGUAGACGAGACUUUCCCCUCUGAAGGUGAAUCAGAAAUUAGGAAGCAAUGGGUCAAAUUACUAGAAGAGAAAUGGGAAGAUGCUUUGAUGGCACUGCUUCUUGCAGUCUGCACCAAUAUCAGGACAUUGAUCUACCGGAUACCGAAAUAG